CCCAUCAAAUUGCUGACGCUUUUCAGUGCGAGGCAGGUUAAGGCAGAUUCAGUGUCGCUGUAAUAAUAUCAGCUCUGAUAUCGAAUGAAACUUGCACUGCGACACAAUGGGAAAUUCAAGAGACGACAGCCUGGAGCAGACAUCUUUGGACUGUCGCGACGCACAGAAACGAACUGCACGUACACUGCAGACGCUUGCGCGGGCGUUGCGAGCGACACAGAAACAGAUGAAUAAUGCUAAAGUGCUCUUCCACUCUACUGGUAUUGUUUCCGGUGGAUUGUCUCUCGCAGGCGCCAUUCUCGCUCCUUUCACUGGAGGUCUGUCCACCACACUUAUAGCAUUGAGUGGAGGAAUUGGAAUAGUUACCGGGGCAGGUGACCUGGCAACUCAAGCAAUCGAGUUCAGAGUUGUUAACAAGGCAAUAGAAGACGCCCAAGCGGAACUCGACCGGCUGAAUAGGAAACUCAACACAUUAGUCGAAGAGCUAACAAGUCGACUGAAAGGCCACGGAAUGUCAACAUAUGAAAUUGGGCGGAUUUUAAAAACAAGUGGUAACUUGGCAUAUGGGGUUUAUUCGUUUCCUCAAAAGAUCAAGGAAGCCAUUACCAUCGUAAGAGCAGCUCAAAAGUGUCCACUGUGUGGAAUGUCCCUAGACCGUGGACAUGUUGUUACCGAUGCUGUUGAAGGUGCAGUGGCCAGAGCGAGCGCAAAUCCGAAACUCGCAGGUGGGGUUUCUGGGUUGAAGGCUCUCAGCAAGAGUGCCAAAGCCCUCCGCGUUGCCGGUGGUGUUUGGACAGCGAUAGGAAUCGGUUUGAGCAUUAAAGGACUUGUUGAAGACCGCAUCAAAGUUGAAAAUAAUGUAUCUGAAUUGGCAGAUGAACUGGAACUAAUGGCCGACAAGUUGGAAGAAUGCUGAACCAUCGACUGCAUGUAUGUAGUGAACAGAGGUGUUCACGUGACACAAAGGGGAAUAACUGUCAUCGGCCAGAAGACAUAAAUCCACAAAUGAUAAAUCCACUAUUGAUUUGUAUCUUGACAACAAAAUGAUAAUUGGUGUUGGUCCAUUUCAUAACAUUUCAUUGUCUAUAUUAUCAGUAUGUAGCAGUGCUUUUAUUAAUAUUGCCUGAAAACUAAAUCUAUUUACAAUUGAUUUCAUCAUGUUUCAUAAAUAUCAAUAUAUGUUAAAUGUUCAUUUGUUCGAUGUUGUCCGAGUCUUGCCGUUGAAUGCCGCCUCUAUACAUCUUCACCUUUCCUUCUGUUUCCUGGAGCCUUGUCAACAAGGAUUUCCCUUCACUUCUUCUCUAUUUUUAGCCAGAUAACCCAUUCUUUGGGAUUUUCCCUUUUCUAUUUAUACGUCACAUCAUUCCUAAUUAGCUAUUGUGUCCUCUGACCUUACUUCCUUUGGCUACCUGUUUUCCACUUGCUGUUCCACUGGAAACAUCUUUUCCUUUCUCAGGUAUGACCAUUCUGCUAAUAUGUUUCCAUCUGCCUCUUUACUUUAUAAAUCCCUAUGAAAAGGUGCAAAAUGUUAUUGCAAUAAUAAUAGUAUAACAUUAAAAGUAAUAUUUCAUUGAUAAUUAUAUAAAUUUAGUUAAAUAUAUUAGUUUUACAAAUAAUGUAAAUUAUAAACAUGGCUGAAACCAUGUGCUUACAUUUUUUUUCAAAAGUGCAAUAACUUUAUCCUGGUAUUUAAAUUGAUAACAUAUUUACUGUGAUAUUUAAAACUAUUUAAUAUUUAUUGUUAAAAUUUGUUAAAAUUAUUUACUGGAUUUAAAUUUUAUGACUCCACUUGCUGAUGCUGAACUGGAAACAUCUUUUCCCUUCUCAGGCUUGACCCUCAGCAACAGCUUCAUUCAUCAUUUGAAUAAAAUUCAUCUCAUCACCA